AUUGGGACAGGAUGGAACGAACCUUUUGUAUCUCUUUAAAGGAGCCGCAGCAGCGAGUGAGGAAAUAGCUGCGGCAAAGUCUCUUCCGACCUGCAGGAUCUGGGGAAGUUUGGUGGAUAUUUGUGUGGAUGGAAUAACAGGAUGGCCUGGACCUGGAGGGGGAUCGCUGGAUAAAGGAUCUGGAUACAAAAGUUUCCCCCAACAAGGAUCUGGAUACAAAGUUUCCAACAAGGAUCUGGAUACAAAGUUGCAGGAGGGAUGACCUGAAUGUGAUCUGUCAUCUGCAGCUGACACUUGUUUUCUCUAUGUGUGCUAUUCUACUCUUCUAAUCGCCAGCUGCUGAUCACUAUGGCCAAGGUGAUCCAGAAGAAGAACCACUGGACCAGCAGGGUGCACCAGUGCACGGUCACCAGGGGCUCCGGGGGGGCGCUCCAGCUGCCGGUGCUGGGGGGAGCGGAGUAUGGAGAGUUCCUCUAUCUGGGGGAGGUGGAGGACUCCCUGAUCUCCUGCUCUGGAGAGGGGAAACUCCAGGGUGGGGAGCUGCUGCUGGAGGUAGUCGGGGUGCCGGUGUCGGGGCUGCCCAGAUACGACGUGCUGGACAUGGUGAGGAGCUGCGGGGAGCACGUCCCCAUCACAGCUGUCAGGCAAGGUAGCCGACUGAACAAGGACCUGAGGCAUUAUCUAAACCAGAGGUUCCAGAAAGCAUCCCCUGAUCAUGAACUGCAGCAAAUAAUACGAAAUAAUCUUUAUCGCCAUGCAGUGCCUUGCACAACACGUCCACCUAGAGAAGGAGAAGUCCCGGGUGUGGACUACAGAUUUCUGACCGUACAGGAGUUUUUGGCACUAGAACAGAGUGGAACUCUACUUGAAGUUGGGACAUAUGAAGGUAACUAUUAUGGGACACCGAAACCUCCGAUCCAGCCCGUCGAUGGGAAAGUGACUUCCGGUAAUGCAUUGCAAAACCCUUUCUCCGGUGUGCAGCAGUCGACCCCUAAACGGACAAAGUCUUACAAUGAUAUGCAAAAUGCUGGCAUAGUGCAUACCGAAAAUUACGAAUACGAAGAUGAGGCUCCUGAAAUGAACAGUAGUUUUACGGCAGACUCUAGUGAACAAGACGAAAACACAUCCAACAAUACACAAGAACCAGCAGCACCGCUCACUCGGAUCCUUCCUAGUUUUCCCACCAUCACGGAAGCAUCUCAGAAGUUGCCUCAAUACCUACCUCCUGCUGACGAGGGAAGCCUUGGACCUCUGCCUCAGAAUUGGGAAAUGGCAUACACAGAGAAUGGUGAAGUCUAUUUUAUAGACCAUAACACUAAAACAACUUCUUGGUUAGACCCACGGUGCCUGAACAAACAGCAGAAGCCUCUGGAAGAAUGUGAAGAUGAUGAAGAAGGGGUCCACACCGAGGAACUGGACAGUGAACUAGAAUUGCCUGCUGGGUGGGAGAAGAUUGAAGAUCCUGUUUAUGGUGUCUACUAUGUAGAUCACAUAAACAGGAAAACACAGUAUGAAAAUCCUGUCCUUGAAGCCAAACGCAAGAAGCAGCUUGGACAACAGCAGACAGAAGUACCAGAGUGGACAGGAGAACACCCACCUAUUGCGCCUCCACCUCUUACUCUUCCUAACAACUUCACACCAAAAAAGAAGGAACCAGCAAGAGACCCUUCCACCCAUGUUAAGCCAUUUUUUACAAGAAACCCAUCCGAAUUAAAAGGAAAGUUUAUUAACACAAAACUGAGGAAAAGCACCCGAGGUUUUGGUUUCACUGUGGUUGGUGGAGAUGAACCCGAUGAGUUUCUGCAGAUAAAGAGCUUGGUUCUUGAUGGUCCUGCUGCUCUGGAUGGCAAGAUGGAAACGGGUGAUGUUAUUGUUAGUGUAAAUGAAAUCUGCGUACUUGGAUAUACUCACGCUCAAGUUGUAAAGAUCUUCCAGUCUAUACCCAUCGGUGAAAGUGUUGACCUUGAACUUUGCAGAGGGUAUCCUCUUCCAUUUGACCCUGAUGAUCCGAACACAAGUCUGGUGACAUCUGUGGCCAUACUGGAUAAAGACCCUAUCAUUGUAAAUGGACAAGAAACUUAUGACUCUCCGUCCAGCAACAGCAGUAAAACUAGAAAAGUUAAUAAUUUGAAGGAGCCAAGGCCAAGCAGCCCUGCAGAUGUAUCUUCAAAUGGUUCCAAUGGUUACCCUAAUGACACUGUCUCUUUGGCUUCCUCUAUAGCAACACAACCUGAACUCAUUACAGUCCAUAUAGUUAAAGGGCCAAUGGGAUUUGGCUUCACUAUAGCAGAUAGUCCUGGUGGAGGUGGCCAGAGAGUGAAACAGAUUGUAGACAGCCCUCGCUGCCGUGGCCUCAAAGAAGGAGAUCUCAUUGUGGAAGUAAAUAAGAAGAAUGUGCAGACGCUUACACAUAAUCAAGUUGUGGAUUUACUAAUCGAAUGUCCAAAGGGGAGUGAAGUUACCUUAUUGGUGCAAAGAGGAGGACUGCCAGUCCCAAAGAAGAGCCCAAAGUCGCAACCACAACUUGAAAGGAAAGACAGCCAAAACAGUUCCCAGCACAGUGUAUCCAGUCAUCACAGUGGGCACACCGCCUCACCUCUUCGUAGUGCCCCUAUUAUUCCCGACUAUCCAACCAACGAGGCACCAUCUGUGGACCAAGUUGACGGCUCAGGACAGAAAAAGCCUGAUCCAUUUAAAAUCUGGGCUCAGUCCAGGAGCAUGUAUGAAAGCAGACUUCCAGAUUUCCAAGAGCAUGAUAUCUUUUUAUGGAGGAAAGAGACUGGCUUUGGCUUCAGAAUUCUUGGAGGAAAUGAGCCAGGGGAACCAAUAUUCAUAGGUCAUAUUGUACCUCUGGGAUCAGCUGAUGCAGAUGGCCGGCUGAGGUCAGGAGAUGAACUUAUAUGUGUGGAUGGAACGGCUGUGGUUGGGAAGUCACAUCAACUUGUAGUUCAGCUAAUGCAGCAGGCGGCCAAACAAGGUCACGUCAAUUUAACCAUUAGGCGCAAAGUAGUUUAUCCAGUCCCCAAAACAGAAAAUGAUGUCCCUGCUUCACCAGCAUCUUCCCACCAUAGCAGUAACCAACCUGCCUCUUUAACAGAAGAGAAACGCACACCACAAGGCAGCCAAAACUCGCUAAAUACAGUCAGUUCUGGCAGUGGCUCCACCAGUGGAAUUGGUAGUGGUGGAGGUGGUGGUGGCAGUGGAUUAGUCAGCACAGUCAUUCAGCCAUAUGAUGUAGAGAUUCGUCGUGGUGAAAAUGAGGGCUUUGGAUUUGUCAUCGUGUCAUCUGUCAGCAGGCCAGAAGCUGGAACUACGUUUGCCGGAAAUGCAUGUGUGGCCAUGCCUCAUAAAAUAGGUCGGAUAAUCGAAGGAAGCCCAGCUGACCGAUGUGGCAAGCUGAAAGUGGGAGACCGGAUACUUGCUGUAAACGGAUGUUCCAUCACCAACAAGUCACAUUCGGACAUUGUGAACUUAAUCAAAGAAGCUGGAAACACUGUAACUCUACGCAUCAUUCCUGGGGAUGAAUCUUCUAACGCUUCAUUAUUGACCAACGCCGAAAAGAUUGCCACAAUUACGACCACGCACACACCUCAGACAAUAGCCCAGGAGACAAAGAACAAUGCAAAACCAAAGCAAGAGCCACAGUUUGAAUUUAAAACUCCAUCCGCUACACAGUCAGAACAAGACUUUUACACAGUAGAACUUGAUAGAGGUGCUAAAGGAUUUGGUUUCAGUCUACGAGGAGGUCGGGAGUAUAAUAUGGACCUUUAUGUUCUGCGCCUUGCAGAGGAUGGACCAGCUGAAAGGUGUGGGAAGAUGAGGGUUGGUGACGAAAUUCUGGAAAUCAAUGGGGAGAGCACAAAGAACAUGAAGCAUGCUCGGGCAAUUGAACUUAUUAAAAAUGGCGGCCGGCGAGUGCGUCUGAGUCUGAAACGCGGGGACGGUUCAGUGCCAGAAUAUGAACCCAGCAGUGACAGCCCCACAGCCAGCUCACAAAAUCUUUCGAAAAUGAACACACUACCAUCUGAAAGACAUCCCAUGCCAUUGGAGUUCAGUUACCCACCUAAUACUCACAAAUCAUUACAGCAUGAGGAAAAGCGGACUUAUGUCAAAGACCCUAAAAGCAACAGGGACUACAACAGACAACACAAUGACCAUCACACUUGGAAUGGGUCCUCUAAAAAUUAUUCUGUACAAAUUAGCCGCAGGGACAGGUCCCCUGAGGCACGGCAUCCAAGGCAAGGGGAAAAAAUGGUGGUGAAUGGACAGAAAAAAAUGUCUCCCGAGAAGAGAACUGAAGCGAUGAGGAGCACUGAAAAUACUAUGGAAAAGAAAGAGAGAGAGAGGUAUGAACGAAGGAGAGAUGAUUCUCCUCGAAGAACAAGAGAAAGAUCACCUGUGCGAAAGAGGGAUGGGUCACCUAACCGAAGAAGAAAGUCACUAGAUCGGUUUAUGGACCCAAGAAGAUCACCUGACCGAAAGAGAGAAAUUUCUCCUGAAAGGAGAAGAGCAAAAUCGUCUGACAGAAGAAGAGAGAGAUCUCCUGAAAGAAGAAGAGACCGCACACCUGAGAGGAGAAGGGAGAGAUCCCCAGACAGAAGAAGUCGAGAUCCAAAAUCUGGCAACAGAGAUCGGGAUGAUAACAGUGUGAAAUAUGACACCAUGAGAAGUUCUAAACAUUCGUCAGCACAGCGGAGGAAACCCUAUAAGGAAUGUAGCACAGAUCUCAGUAUCUGAUACAUCUGAUGUCACAUUCCAUUAUUUGAGGAGGCUUUAAGAACAAGAAAUUCUUAAUAGUGUCUUACUAAAACACACAACACCUAAUGAUCCCAGAGUUUCAUGAAAUGUUUUAUGCAGAAGAAACCUUACUACAGAGUGUUGUGCCUGAUGUAUAUUAAAGAAAGUAUUUUUGAUGUAUCUUUUUUUUAUUUAUUUGCCAAAUGUAAACCCCUAAGAGAAAUAACAUGUUCUUCGAGAAGCUAUAUUAUUGACAAUGUUCAUUUAUGGACUUUAAUUUCCAGACAUUUCUUCUGUCGAACAUGUUCAUGGCACUGGAAGGCAAGUCGCAAGUUUUUUCUUGUGUAUUAUUAUUAUUUUUUUUUUUUUUUUUUGCCUAGGCUUCAUUAACACAUUUUUUGACUGUUAAUUACUUACAUGCAAUUAAUGAUUUCAUUGACUUAAUUAUGAUUAACUGAACUAUGGAUCAUAAUUCCAUUGGCUGGUGGUGGGAGCUAUUGAAAUGCAGAAGACUCGAUCGUAAAACAGGGAGGUAACUAUGAAAAGAUACCGGUGACUACUAUUGUAAUGAAGGACAUAUACAAGCACACUUCGCACAAGGAUACUCAUAUGGUUUUGGUUGUUAGGUGGACGUGUGGUGGUGGGGUUGAAACUUAUGAAUUAUACCUGCCAAAACCUACUUGCCAUAGUUAUUGAGAACACUGAGUGCUUAAACAAAAUCAUAGCAUACUUCUACAUGAUCAUAGGGUCUUAUAGUAGCCAAUCGUUUAUUGUGCUAAGAUAUUCCUUUGGCUCCUAUCCUUAAAUACCCAACUAUGUUUUGUUUUUACAUUUUUGCAUUUUUAUGAACAAUGGGGAACGACUGUGUUCCGGUGGGAAUGUUGAGUUGUAUAGGUCCCAAUGCAUGACCUAAAAUCAAGUAUCAAUUUUUUUUUACUUUUUCACUGUAAGUUUUCUACAGCAGCUGUUGUCACGUCUGCUGUGUAUUCUUGGUCCAAGAUAAUAUUGCGUUACUGCCUAGCUGAGCCGAAAUGUCUGCCAUCGCUCUGAAUCUGCUGCUUUUACAGUGCAUUGGUGUAAAAAAAAAUACAUAUUUUCAUACUGACAUGAAUAAGCAUUGCGAGUCUAUCACUGUUGUUGCUAUGGUACUGUACAAAAAAAUGGCCAAUCAUUGUGUGUACAGAGUUGAAAUUGUAAUUAUUCAAGCUUGUUAAAAUAACAAAAUGCCUUUUUCCAUGUAUAAAAGAUACUUUAUGAUGAUAAAAAAAAAUCAUGCAAGGAA